GUAGAAAAUAGAAAUAUUUUGUCUAUGGUAAUCUGUGCUUGUGUGCUUCCAUAAAAAUGUUUUUAAUAAAUAUUUCUGGAUUCCUGUGACUAUUUGUACACAUUUGUAUUGGUAAGAAGAUCGAAAGCAACAAAUAAAUAUAAAACAUCGGAUAAAGUAAUAAUCACGCGACGUUAAACAGUCGUUGACAUAUCUCAAGACCUAACCAAGAAGCUACAUCGCAAGUUCUACGAGUUCAAUAAUUUAGUGCACAGGUGUUAACAUGCUUUCUGAUGAGUCAAGCAGUGAUUCAGAAACAGGUAGAUUUAAAGGUCGAUCAAAAAAAGAAGAUGAUCAAACAAAAACUUCUCAGAAAGAAGAAAAUUUUAGAUCAUUAGGAAGAAGUAGACCUGAGAAUGAUAGAUUCCGUAGAGGCAUAGAUAAAAGUCGAGAAGAGCGCGACCGGUAUGACAGGCGUUCUAGAGAGCAGCACAGGUACAGCCGUCAUUCACCAGUUAGAAGAAGGCAUUCAAGGGAUAGGAGUCCAUACAGAAGAUCACGUGAACGUGAAAGACCUAGACACCGCGGUGAUUCUCCACGCAGAUCUAGGCCAAGAGACUACAGAAGCAGCAGUAGAGAUAGAAGAAGACAUUCCAGGUCCAGGUCACACAAAUCACCAGAACCUAGAAGGGAUUUCAAAGCAGAAAUAAAACGUAAUAUAAAAGAUGAAAUAGCACCAUCAUCUAAAGAGAAAACAACAGAAGAUCCAGCCAAAAAGUCUAGAGAGAGAUCUUUAUCUCUUGAGAAUAAGGGGAAAAGGUCAGAAAUUCAUAAACCAACAACUGCUAAUAAAAGAAAAAGUAGCAGCCCAAUUGUUAUAGAGGAACGUGAAAGUGAUUCUGAAGAAGUACAACCUGGAUCAUACUACAGCAUGAUCCCAGCUGUGAUUAAAGAUAAGAGGGAAGACUCACCAAAAGAAGUCUUCAAAGAGAAGUCUGAUGAAUCGAGCGAAAUUGAUUCAUCUGACGAUGAAAAACUUAGGGCGAAGCUUUUAAACCUCGAAAAAGAGCUUCAUAAAACUAAAAAGAAGAAACAUAAGAGAAAACACAAAAAGAAAAGUUCUAAAUCUAGCAAGGAGAGAGAUCGAGAGCCAACCACAGUUGAAGUAACCAGUACAACUGACAUUGACAAGGCUGAUGUGUCUGGCUCUCAAACUGAGACUGCUGAAGUAACUUCCACACAGAAGGCCAAUCAGAAGGAAUCGAGUGAGGAAGGAGAAAUAUCUAGCGAUGACGAUUCCCAGCAACACAUCGAAAUUGAUCCAACAGAUUUGAGACAUAAAUUAAAACGCUCCAAAGUGGGUACGAAUAGCGAACGCAAGUCGCCAAGUGGCGGAAUUUGCGGUCCAGCAUUACCACCUCACCUGCAAAAAAGAUAUGAGCGAAGCAAAUCUCCCGAUAUUGAAGGGCCGGCUCUUCCGCCUCAUUUGAAAGACAAACCCAGUAAAAGUAUAGGACCAUCUAUUCCGGAAAAUAUGCGAAAAGUUUUAGCAGAGCAAGACCCUGAUGAAGUAAAAUAUGUAAGCUCUGAUGAAGAUACAGGCAUUGGACCACUGCCUACAGGUUUAGAGGACAAAUGGUCAGAUGCUCACAAGCGUUUAGAAGAGCGAGCACUAGAUAUGAAAAUCAAAAAACUAGAUGGGCACUCUUUGCAAUCAACAGAGGCAAAAUCCCGAGAACAAUGGAUGUUGGAGUUGCCUGAAGCUAAAGCUAAAUACCUAGGAUUGGAAGCUCGAAGUUUUAGGGCUAAAGAAGGUCCUGACAUGUCUGAUAGGUCAAGCUGGACUGAUACUCCUGAAGAGAAAAACCGAAAGGCCGCUGGUAUACAGAAGGAAGAGGAUCCAGAAGUGACGUUACAGCGAGAGGCGAAGGCUCGGCAUAUCGCAAAUCGUGACGAUGAACAAGAGAAAGCUGUUAAGAAACAUAAAAAGAAGCACAAGAGGGAAGAAAGUUUGCUUGAAAUGCAUCAGAAGAAGUUAAAAAAGAAAAAAAAGAAGGAUGAAAAAGAGGAUGGGAAAUCAGAACGUCGGCCUUUCAGCCGCGAGGUGGACCUGCAAGUGAACCGGUUCGACGAGGCUCAGAAGAAGUCUAUCAUCAAGAAGGCUCAGGAGCUGAACACACGCUUCGGUCGCGGCGAAGCUAAGUUCUUAUAAACACUUACAAAUGUUCCUUGGCUCGAAAGGAGUUUUAGCAUUAUAUGUAUAUCAUAGAAUAUUCUCGAUUUUUAAUCCAACAAUGUACAUUAGGCUACGAUUGUAUAUAAAAUUAUGUAUUACUUAAAUUAGUUUUUUUAAUGAAUUUUGUAGGUUUUAGAGCCCGCUGUGAUGCAACAUUCGUUAUUCAUGUUUGUUCUAAAGUUACAACUCAUCUCCCAUGUGUCUGUGAGGCUGUCCAUGAUUUUUAAAACUAGUUUCAUAUGAAAUAAAAGUUCUCUUUCAAGUUUAAAUUUAUUGGGAGAUUCGGUUUCCCUGUUGCGCAUUGUUGGUUAUAGAGGUAGUUUUAGUGUACGAAAUUGACAAUUAUUUUAUUGUAUAGUGGAGGGUUUGUUACGUGAAAUUCUCCCAUAUUAUAAAAUUGUGCUGAAA